GUGUAGCGCCACGAAGGAAGAAGUGGAUAUUUUCGAAAACAAAAUAUCGGAUAGCUGAAAUGUUAAAGUAAACAGAGGCCCAAACCCCGCACUGAGCCACGAACCCCUUGUCUUCUGCCCUAGCCCGAGGCCCACCGGGGCCCCAUCAUCGCGUAUUGUUGUGGUCGCAAACCGCCUUCGUUCGCAUCGUUCGCUUCGUAGCAAUUCACUAUUGAGGCAAGCAGUCGCGCAUCGCUCACGAAAUCUCGUCACGUGGUUCGACCCCGGUCCGGCCACCUAAGCUUUUUUUAGGUAAACAAAAGUUGCGGAAAAGGAGUACGGUUUCUAAUUAGUUGUCUCGUGGUAUUUUGUUUAUCGGCUACAUUUGGUGCGUGAAUAUUUAGUAGUGCGGCGUCGAAGAUAAAGAAGAUGUCCUCAAAUCUCGGGUCGCAGGAGAGCGAUGCAUGGGCACUUCUAGCUCUGAAGUCCGCCCCUGCUAGUCCCUCGAAAGUUCAAUGGAGUCCUGAGACUAAAGGCACGGCUAUCGCAAGAUUAGAAGGAAGAGAAUUUGAGUAUCUUGUACGACAAAAACGUAUUAUCAUCGGCCGGAAUAGUUCGCGAGGCGAAGUGGAUGUAAACAUGGGACACUCGAGUUUCAUAUCUCGAAAACAUUUAGAACUAUUUUUUGACCAUCCGCACUUUUUUAUGGUUUGUAAUGGCAAGAAUGGUGUUUUUGUCGACGGUGUAUUUCAGAGGAAAGGUGCACCUGCAGUACAAUUGCCCAAAACGUGUACUUUCAGAUUUCCAAGCACUGCAAUCCGGUUAGUGUUUCAAUCUCUGGUGGACGAGUCUGAUCCUACACCUAUUCUCAGCAGUGGAGAAGCAUCUGGUCCACCUGUGUCACCAGUGAAACACAGAACACCGUUGCCUCCCUUAAGAAUUAAUAUUCCCGAACCUUCAGAUACAAAUUUUACAAGUCCAUUCCCAUCUCCUACUGGGACCAUCAGUGCUGCUAAUUCCUGUCCGACGAGUCCUAGAGGAGGUCAUGGACGACGCAACAUAAGUGCUGACUUACAAAUGGCUGCUGUCUACGCAGCAGCUGCUGUGAAUCCUCAUGCAACCAACUCAACCUCUGUACAGAUACCAAUCGAUGAAAGGACUGAGGUUGUUGUUAGCGGUUCUAGUGUCCACAGCAGUCCAGAACUACAACUGGCAGAAAGUGUUAGUUCGUUUUCUCCUCAGAAAAUGUACAGAGCCACAAACGGAUCCGGACCUUCACAUAAUUCUUCAGCUUCUGAAUCUUAUCCAAAGGACGAAACAAAACCACCGUUUUCUUACGCUCAGCUAAUUGUACAAGCGGUGGCAUCAGCCCCAGACAAACAGUUGACAUUGAGUGGCAUAUAUUCUUACAUAACAAAACACUAUCCUUACUACCGUACGGCAGAUAAAGGAUGGCAGAACUCAAUUCGUCACAAUUUGUCCUUGAACCGGUAUUUCAUCAAAGUGCCCCGGUCUCAAGAGGAACCUGGAAAAGGUUCUUUCUGGAGGAUAGACCCACCCUCAGAGUCCAAACUUAUUGACCAGGCAUUUAGACGCAGAAGGCAAAGAGGUGUCCCAUGUUUCCGCACUCCAUUUGGCAUUUCCUCAAGCAGAAGCGCUCCAUCAUCACCGAGUCAUGUUGGUAUGUCAGGUAUAAUGACUCCGGACUCAUUAUCUCGAGAGAGCUCACCUGUCGCAGACAGCACAGUCCCUUCACCAGGUGCUAGUCAGUCUGCUCCAGGCUCCCCUGGUAGCACAGGCAAUGAAGUGGGUCUGCAGUAUUUUAAGCAACGUUUGGUUGUACCAGGCUCUCAGGGUGCGCAACAUAUCACUCUUGUUACCAAUGGCAUCUCUACCAGUUCUGCUAAUGUAGGAGAAGAAAAAUAUGUGAUCUCUACCGUGAGUGGGAAUUGCAGUUCUGGCGUCAUCAGUAGAAAGCCCUCUGUAUCACCUCCCAUGUUGAAUCAGCCACCAGUCAUAGUGCAAGCUGCCUAUUCAAGUUAUAAUGCGGUAUCUCCGAGCAGUAGUGAAUCGAUAGACCACUGUGGGAAACGUCCCAGAGAAGAAGAAACAGAACUGGUUUACGAGCAAGUCAUCAUUGAUAAGAGUAUGGUAGGAGAUCAGCCAAAUUCCCCACCACAAAUACAGAUUCAAGAAACAUACGGUGGACUAAGUGAAGACGAUCCUCUCACAUUAGUGACAUGUAAAAAGGAAAUAGAAAAUGGACACACAUCUAACAGCUCCCAGGGCUCGAUACCUGUCAACAUCUUGGAGAACGGUUAUUCAGUCUGUAAAAAACCAAAAUUAGAAUUAAUAGAAGAGGAGAAUGCAAACUCUUAAUGAGUUUUUAAUCCCUCUCAGACUUGACCUUAUCCAAGAAGAGCAGGUAUCUGAAGAUGUUCGAUUUGACGUCCAGAUUUGUGGAGAGGAUUUUAUUUGUUAAGUAGUUUUAAAAGGUUUUAUUUUCCUUUUCAACUAAAAUUGUAUGGUUUUUACCUCAUCCCCCUCCCCCUUCCCGUUUGUUUUCAAGCAGGAGUUAAACUAUUUCAGUGCUUUGACCUCAAACUUUUAAUUGCAGUUCUUAUCUAAUUGAGAGUUUAUUCGGUUUUCAUAUUUUGAAGAUGUGUUUCUGUUCCUAACUAAGGAGUAAGGAACUUCCUUUUAGUUAUUAGUAAGUGUUUGUUUUUGUUACAAUUUGUAUAUGUAUAUAUAUAUACAUAAUAGGAAUGAAAAAUUGGGGUCAAAAUCAUUACUGUUUAGCUGGUUUGUCUUACAGUGGCAGCUUUAUCUGCAUUGUUCUUUUCGCUUUUCUCUGUUGUCACGGUUCUCUGCCGCUGUUUUAACUUUAUUUGGAACAUGAGGCUACUCCAGUAGAAAAUGCGAAGGCUUUUGACAAGAACUCAGCACCAUCCGACCCUGUUUCCUCAGCUCAAAUUUCUCCUGUUUUCUGGCAUUUACAAGUGAUAUUAGUUAAGGAGCAGCAGGAGCAGCUACGUCAGGAGUGCAUGAGAAACCUUGUGCUGAUUGACAGUCAAAUGGUUGCUUUAGGAGCCCAGUAUAGGCGUAUCUUACACCAUGGUAUAUAUUCUUGCAUGCUUGUCUACUUGGAAACAUGCCUCUUCCUGAUAAUGUGACGUCAUAAAAGUUAGUUUUCUCUCAUACCAAGUAUACCCGGCAAAACGGACAAGGAACCGAGGAGAAGAUUCUUCGUACUCAAGUGCCUUGCAACCUCUUUUUUUUUUUUUUUUUUUUUUUUUUUUUUUUAAUGGAUCAAGUAAUUCAGAAAUUUAAAUGCAUGUUCCUCUUCAAAUCAAGCAAUGGCUUCAGCUUGAUUGACUUUUGAGAGUAAUCUGUAAGGGCCAAUUUCAAUCAAAAAUCUUUUUUCUGUUCAUUUACAGGCAGCUGUAUUUUUCUGAAUAGCUAAAGAGUGUAUUUUCCUUCACUCAGAAAACCUUUUUUCAUUCCUUGCUCCCUCUCACAGGGCAGUAGCACAACGUCCAUUUAUUUGUUUUUUUAACUCUAUGAACCUGACUGUUGUCAAGGUUUUCCCUUUAUUUUUCAUUUUUGGUUCUCAUUUUAAUCAUUACGUACAUGGAAAGCUAUUUAAUUUAUUCAUGAAACUAACUUAUAUUUGGUUUUUUUUUUUAAAGAAAAGAAAAAAAUCAGACCUUUUUUAAUCCGUCUAUUUUGAAAUAGACAAAACUAUCCUGUUACGAGGUGGUUUGAUUCACCUCCUAGAUCUGAAAAACCAAGGCAAAGUCAACAAAGUUUUCAUUUGAGGGUGCCUAAGCAUUGUGAAUACUGGGUGUCUACAGGUUUAGAAAACCGGAACUUGAAAUCCGGAAAAAAAAAAAAAAAAUCCACGCUCUGAGUAUUGAACGGAGGAUUAAUUUUCUUUGAGAUAUUGUAAUUUUAGUCAUGUAAUUGAAUGAUUAAUAAGUAUCUGAAGAAAAAGUUUAUGUAAUUUGCAGUAAAAUUAAUCCCAAAAGUGUUUCAGUUUUCAGUGUUUUCCGUGCAAAUUGUCAGUGUGUAAAUUCAGGGAAUUUUUAUCCAGCAAGCCUGUAGACAUUCUGUAAGAAAUUUAAUUUAUGUUGAUCGCAUAAUAUCAGAUAGGUUUUGGAGCCUUCAUUUCAGAUGAAGUAUCCUGUAAAGAUUAAUUAUAUCAACUGAUACCAGGAGAGAUCAAAUAAUCAUAAACAUCCAGGAAUUGUAAGAUUAUGGUAUGAUAAUUUCAGAAUGCUUUGUAUAAGGACAGAUUUUCCCAACCUGUCAAACCCCUCUGUGUUUUGCUUGUAAUAUAGGGGUGUAUCCAAAGUCUGCAAAAUCUCCCGAGUCUGUAUCCUACAAGUAUGCGUUUUUAAAAAUUUAGCACGAAAAAUGGCUGAAAAUUAUUUUCCAUUCCGAAGAUUCAGCUCGAUAAAGCUUCAAAGUUAGCAACGCUGAAACCUGAUGUGAAUUCGUGUAAGGCCAUAAAAUUUUUAUAGUGGUCAUAUAUCAUACUAAGGAAUCUAAAAAUUGAUCAACAUCCAGGGGAAGAGGAUUUUGUCGAUUUAGAAUACAUACUCUUUGGUGGCGCACUCAGAAGCUCUUUUGACCCAUUUCUCAGUAUACCCUAUAACUUCCAUAUUGAAUCGUUUGUCAGUAAAAAUUAAACCAAGAAAAAUCUUUGAAAAUUAUUAAUCUUAAUGUUUUUGCUAAAUAGAGGGAGCAGAGGCUCCUCUGCUCUGACGUACAAUUUCAGCACUACAUGAAAAAAAGUAAUUUUUUUUUUCCUCUCUUUUUUUUCACUUGAGUGAUGAGAUAUACUUCAAGUUCCAAUUGGUCCCAUCAAAUUGACAAUGCUAUGAAGCCAAAAUCGAACUUAACUUUAUCAUAUCUGAUCGUGACCUCAUGAUUGUGAUCAUGGAGGUAAUAAGAUUUAAAAGCUUUUUUUUUUUUUUUUCUUCCUCAAGAAGAGCAUUGUCUUUUCUUCUCUUGGCCAAAUAUUUUGGAUCCGAGACUAUCCUCCUUGCAACAUUUUGUCCUAGAAUGGUUUUUAAUCAUUGACACUUAUCUACUCUUUUUCUAAUGAUUUGAUGGUUUGGACACUCAGACUGUAUCAUAUGUUUUCUCUCAACACCGGUAACCGUAAUGGUUUUUUUCUUUCAUCCUUUUAAGUUGAGUAUUUAUUCUUAUAUUCUAUUAAUGCGUAUAUAUUAUAGUUACAAUAGCAUAUAAUGUUAUAUCAGAUUUGUACAUAAGUAGAAUAUUUACUCCUGAUCAUCAACAGUGCUUUUUCUCUCUCCUUUUGUGACUACGCUGAAGACAUAAUAACUUAGACAGUGGGUAACUGUAAAGCGUGGUGACCCAUUCUCCUAUUUUGGCACUCCGCAACAACCAUUUUCUAAUUUAUUUUUAGAUGUGUGCCUUGUAAGGAGCUGAUAUGAAAUUUUAGUUACAUUCUCCCAAAAAGGUCUAGUAACUUUUUUCUCUAAAUGCAGUCACUUACAAUUCUGAACUGGCGAAAUGUAGAACCCCAAUCACUCUCCCUCUCUUUACACCAUCUAUCAUAGGGCGCCACAGUAAACAGUUACCAUGCGAAAAUACGGCAAGUUAGGGAAACCCACUAUCGAUGUGUUAUAAUGUCUUUAGACUAAGCAAAAAAGGUCACUAUUUUGAUGUCUCUUAUUGUUGAUAGAUUUCUAGGUGUACCGUCAGCUUUGUUGAUCCCCACACAAUUUGUACACAAGGUAAUUUCUCGUGUCAUGAUUUCUGUAUUUUUAAGAGUACCUAUAGUUAAAUAGGAGUUUUCUGCUGGUGGUCUGCAAAUAAAGCCAAGCUGAAGUUCAAAUCAGUUACCAACACUUUUUGUGUAAUAUUUGCUUUGUCUCCUGAAUGUAUAUUGAUAAAGUCCGCUUCUUCCAUCGCGGCUUCCUGAAACUAAUUUCUUUCAAAUUUUGUAAUUCUCCUUAAAUUUUUCCCAUGGCUCGUUAUCGCUGACCAUUUAAUUUCAAUUUUGAAAUUUUUAAAAAACAAGAAAACAACUAGUGUACAGUUUAAACCUACACUUUCAUCCUCAUGUUCAUGUUUAUCUUUCACUAGACUUGGCAGUAAAAUAGCUUUUUUAAUAUCAGAUGCAAACUCCCUCUAUUCGGUUGUUUAUUGUUGUGUGACUUGUAUAAAAUUGAUUAAACUGUGGUAAUUAUGUUGGA